AUGAAGACCAUGGAGGCCAUCAGGGAUGAAAUUCCACCAUUAUCAAAGCCUCAUCCACCUGUUGUGGGCAAAGUGACUCAUCAUAGCAUCGAGUUAUACUGGGAUCUGGACAAGAGAGCCAAACGGCAGGGGCCGCAGGAGCAGUGGUUUAGGUUCUCCAUCGAAGAGGAAGACCCCAAGCUGCACACGUACGGUAUCAUUUAUACGGGAUAUUCCUCGAAGCAUGUGAUUGAAGGUCUGGAGCCAAGGACACUGUAUAAAUUUCGACUGAAGGUCACCAGUCCCUCUGGAGAGUUUGAGUACAGCCCAGUCAUCUCAGUGUCUACGACCAGGGAGCCCAUGAGCAGCGAGCACUUUCAUCGAGCUGUCAGUGUGAAUGAUGAAGAUUUGCUUGUUCGGAUCCUUCAAGGAGGCCACAUUAACAUUGAUGUUCCCAAUAAGUUUGGCUUUACUGCUCUGAUGGUUGCUGCCCAGAAAGGAUACACCAGGCUUGUGGAAAUCCUGGUUUCUAACGGCGCUGAUGUCAAUCUGCGGAAUGGGAGUGGCAAGGACAGUCUAAUGCUUGCAUGUUACGCGGGCCACCUGGAUGUUGUGAGGUACCUGCGAAGACACGGAGCCUCCUGGGAGACUCGAGACCUGGGCGGCUGCACAGCUAUGCACUGGGCCAUCGACGGAGGCCACUGCCACGUGAUCGAGUGGAUGAUAAAGGACGGCUGUGCGGUAGAUGUUGUAGACACCGGUUCCGGGUGGACACCGCUCAUGAGACUCUCCGCUGUGUCAGGAAACCAGGGUGUGGCCUCCCUUCUGAUUGAGGCUGGGGCCAACGUGAACGUGAAGGAUAGAGAUGGAAAGACACCACUCAUGGUGGCCGUGCUAAAUAAUUAUGAAGAGUUAGUUCAGAUACUCCUCGACAAAGGGGCAGAUGCAAGCGUAAAAAACGAGUUUGGCAAAGGUGUCCUAGAAAUGGCCAGAGUUUUUGACAGACAGAACGUAAUCUCCUUGUUAGAAGAAAGGAAUAAGCAGGUGCCGAAGAAGCCUUCUGUCUGCAGACCAGAGUGCCGCGAAUCUACCGAAUCCACGGGAAACAAAGCAAAACCUGCCCGUCGGACUAGAGAGAUGAAAUCCCGCACCUCCGAGGGCUACACAUUUAUUUAUUUAGUUGAAGGUCCACGGUGA